CUUUGCCACUAUAAUAUAAUCAGUGUUAGUACUUAUUUUAUUCACUAUUUAGAUUUCACAUUCAGUUGACAGCAGCUGCAGCUGUUUGCUUGUUUGCUACAACUAUAAUAAUAAUUUACUAUCGAAGUUCAGGAGUCAUAAUUGUCAUUUAGAGCUUAUCAAUCGGCGUGAGAGAUAACGCGUUGUAUUUAACCGUAUUACCAUAGUGUUCCCAAUGUUCCCAUAAAAGUUCUAGAUUCUUCGAUGGCUAUAUUUUUAUUUAUUUGAGUAUCUAUUUCACGGUUUGAUAUUACAGUCGAGUUGAUCAAUAAUAUUAAUCCAUUAUUCUCACGACUGCCAAGACUUGCGCACCGACGCACUGUCACACGUUGAUCCCAUCGCCCAUCCAUCGCGCAUCUGCGCGUCGUUAUCUCAUUGCGCGUAGGUAAGCACUAAACAGUUGUUGUAUAAGACCACUCAAGUACUCAACUAAGUUUGAAGUCAGUCGUUGUCAAAAGCCGUCGAUCGUUUAAACGCGACAAUCGUAAACACAGUUACUAGUGCGGAAAUAUUACCAUUUUUAUUCAUACGACCAGUUACAUAUUCGUGGUUUGUUGUUUCUACGAAUUCACCAUUACAUCAGAUUAAUUGAGUCAGUAUAUACACAGCGUUUACAAUGAGUACGUGGCAACAAACGCAAACUCCAUACGGAUCAGGAGCCGCUCCACCUCCGCCUGGAUUUUAUCCACAAGGUGCACCAUACCCAAAAGCUGAUGGUGGCUAUCCUACUGCUGGUGGAUAUCCUACUGCUGGUGGAUAUCCUACUGCUGGUGGUUAUCCUGCUGGUGGUGGAUAUCCUUCUGGGGGUGGAUACCCUCCUCCAUAUGCACAACAAAAUAUGCCUUAUUAUGGAGCAGGAGGACCAGAUCAUUCUCAAAAUAAUAGCUUUAAUGCACCUGAAAACUUUGGCUUUAGCGAUAAAACUAUACGUAAAAACUUCAUAUGUAAAGUUUACAGUAUUCUGAUGUGUCAGCUAUUAGUCACAUUAAUGUUUGUGGCUAUGGCAACUUUUCAUGUGGCCACUAAAAAUUAUAUUAAAUCACAUCCAGGGCUCAGUAUCAUCGCCAUUAUCAUUACUUUUGGUACUUUAAUUGCGCUCGCUUGCUGUGAAGAUCUACGCCGCAAGAGUCCUACCAACUUUAUUCUUUUAUUUAUAUUCACCUUAGCUGAAUCAUUUUUAUUAGCAGUAUCUGUAUCACGUUACUAUCCAGAACAAGUAAUGCUGGCUCUUGGCUUAACUACAUUGAUAUGUUUUGCUCUUACAAUAUUUGCUUUUCAGACUAAAAUAGAUUUUACAGUAAUGGGUGGUUUUUUAACAGUAGCUGUUAUAGUUUUACUGGUUGCAUCUAUUGUUGCUAUAUUCUUCCCUGGUAAAUUAAUGACACUCAUAAUUGCAUCUGCGGGGGCAAUCAUAUUUUCAUUAUAUCUUAUUUAUGACACCCAAAUGAUGGUUGGUGGUGAUCAUAAGUAUUCAAUUUCUCCUGAAGAGUAUAUAUUUGCAGCAUUAACUAUCUAUGUAGAUAUUAUAAACAUUUUCAUGUAUAUAUUAGCCAUUAUUGGAGCUUCAGGCGAUGAUUAAACAUUUUAUGUCUAAAGAUUAUUUAAAAAAAAAAAUAAUAAUAAAAACUGUUGAUUGUUUAUUUUAAAUGAAGCGAUGUAGAUUAUUAUUCCUUUUAGCUUUAAUUUUUUCUGAUUAAAUAUAGUUAUUCUGUUA